AUGACAGAACGCAUCGUCCCCAACAUGUCCACCAACUCCGUCCCCAUAUCCGGCCUCGCCGAGCUCGAAAAGCACCUCGACGACCUCGUCGCCUCCCCAGACACACCCCUCGAACCCAAGCUCCUCGACGAUGUAGAGCUUCAACUCAAUGAAACAAACAUCCCACCCCUCCUCCCAGUCCUCCUCCCCCCCCUAAUAACAAUCCUCAAAACCUCCCCCCACGACCCAAAGCCCCUCGUCUCCCUAACAAUAAAACUCCUCUCCCCCGUCCCCUUCACCCAAACCCUCCAACUCGCAGACGAAUCCUCCCUCCUAACAGCCCUCCGCUCCCCCUCCCCGCACGCAAACCUCCUCGCCCUCGCCAUCCUCGCAAAAGCAUCCGCCUCCCCCUCCGACGCCGCAAUCCUCUCCCUCAUGCCCCGCGUCGUCGAAGAGCUCCUCCGCCGAUGGCUCUCUAGCCCACACGUCGAGGUCGGGGAGCGCGCGGGCCGCGUGUUGGGUGAUUUACUCGACGUAGACUGCGAACUCCCGCCGCCGAGUACCUUACCUAGCUCAUCUGCAACAGAACUCGUGAAGAGGAGAGCGCCGGGACAGGGAAGGAUGUGGCGCCGCAUCUUCCACGAUAAAGAACUCUUCGGCCUCGUCCUCUCCCUCGCAAAAGGCAUCGACCCUUCCCCCUCCCCGACCUCCGACCAAAACGAGGGACCCGUAACCCUCUCAGAGCGCCAACUCUCCCUAGUCCAAGGCCGCAUCCUCCGCAUCCUCCCACGCCUCGCGGCCCUGAACAUCGUCGAAGUAGGCGUCUCGCAGUUCCCGGACCUGAUGGGCUCGUCCGAGGUCGGUCUCCUGCAGCUGGCGGCGCUGCACAUGGUGGAUAAGAGCGAUACGCUGAUGCACCUGAACCUCAUUGAUUUUUUCGAGACGUUGUUGAGCGUCAUGCGCGUGGUGGAGCACUCGCAUCGGACGAUGGGUAUCUUGAAGGAUCUGGUGAAGCAGGCGACCAGGGACGAUAAUCUUUUGAAGAAUGCUCUGCGUAGUCUGCCGGAUCGGACUGUACCCGAAGAGUCGGAGUCACUCAGAAACUUCAUCAGAGACGUAUUAGCUUGA